CCACUAUAAUAGGAAGAAACAUAUCUUUCGUCGCAUCGUGUCGAAUACGCUCGAAGGAAGAUAAUAAGAGAAGAAUAAGUUUAGAAGAAGAGGAUCAUCGUAGUUAUCAUCGUCGUUUCUCAACCUCGUGAUACGAAGAGAAGAUAGAACGAAUUUAAAUUCGCAAUGGAGGAUACAGGGAACAACGCCGCAGGUGACGGAAUGAUAGUCGAUGAUACCAAUGAAACUACAACGACGAUAACAACAACGCCAGUGAAGCAAACAACAGCAAAGAAAGUAGCAAAACCAAAAGCUAAGGUACAAAGAUCUAAAUCAACUCAUCCACCAACCUCUGAAAUGGUGACUGCCGCCAUUAAAGAUUUGAAGGAUCGCAAAGGUUCGUCUCUGCAGGCAAUCAAGAAAUAUGUUAUUGCUACGUACAAGGUUGACGGUGAUAAAGUUACGCCGUUUAUAAAGAAAUACUUGAAGAAUGCAGUAUCGAAUGGCGUGGUUGUACAAACCAAAGGAAAGGGUGCAUCUGGAUCGUUCAAGCUUUCGAACGCCAAGACCACUACUGCAGGAAGUGGUGGUACUACUGGUGGCGGAAGUGGAGGUAGUGCUGCUGGCGGUAGUGCUAAAGCUAAAGUACAACGUCGUCUUACGAAGGAAAAGAAGACCAAUGAUAAAUCCGUUGAAAAAAAAACUGUAACAGCACGGAAAGCAGCGGCAACUAGUACUGCCAAGAAAAUCAAAACGCCGACGAAGAAAAACGAAUCCGUUAAGAAAUCGCCCGAACAAAAAAAAUCCAAAGUUAACUCUAGAGCCGCAGCUGCAGCUGCAGCAGCAGCUAAUCUUUCCGCUACUGAAAAGAAGUCUGCGAAGAAACCGGCACAACCAAAAACCGUAUCGAAAACUAAGAAAACCGCUAAGGCGCCUGCCGCCAAAACUAAAACUCCCAAGCCGAAGAAAGCUACAACUGCUAAGGCUGUUGCAAAGAAAUAAUCUCUCUCUUUUUCGAAAGAGAGAGAGAGAAAAGGGGGGCAGAAAAAGAGAGUACAAAAGGUCCUUUUUAGGGCCACA